GGGGAGGGAUGCGGAGGACGCGAGGGCUCGCGGUUUGUUUGGGUUGUGGGCGGUGCGCGCACAGCCCGGGAAAAGCGGGAAAUGGCGGCGCCGAGCGGGGGACCUCGGUCCGCCCUCCAGCAAAAGGGGCUGAUGACCGCUGAUAGGGGGCGCAGACCCAGGUGAUGAAUUGAGGACUUUGGAACCAGAACCUGCAGAAGGACACAGAAUCAAGACUUAAGAAUCGCCUUUGUGUCCUUUUCUCCAGCCCCUCCCCCCUUUCCCGAUGUGUCCUAAAGUUCUAGGUGAUUGUGGUUACUUUUGGAAAGUCCACCUUUGAGACUCUCCCCGUAGUAUGGAAUCCUGCAAGGAGCAGAUAUUUCCCCUCGUCAGACCAUUCAUCUCAGAAGAUGGUCUCAGUUGAACAUCCUCCAUAAAGGAUUGUAUAUCAUUUCCUCACGAUCAGUGUGUUACUGCUUAAUACUUCCCAUGAUUCUAAGCACGUUCAACAAGAUAUGUCUCAUUUUAGUUAUCGAUAUUGGGAGUGUAUGGCAUGCAUCCUGACCACCAGGAGGCUCUGAGAAAGAACCGAGUGGUGCUAGCCAAACAGCUGUUGCUGAGCGAACUGUUAGAACACCUCCUGGAGAAGGACAUUAUCACCUUGGAAAUGAGGGAGCACAUUCAGGCCAAGGUGUGCAGUUUCAGCCAGAAUGUGGAACUCCUCAACUUGCUGCCCAAGAGGGGCCCCCAGGCUUUUGAUGCCUUCUGUGUGGCCCUGAGGGAGACCAAGCAGGGUCACCUGGAGGACCUGUUGCUCACAACCCUGGCUGGUCUUCAGCACAUACUCCCACCGCUGAGCUGCGACUACAACUUGAGUCUCCCUUUCCCGGUGUGUGAGUCCUGUCCCCCCCGCAAGCAGCGCCGCCUGUCUCCAGAUACAGUGGAACACUCCCCAGACCAUGGGGAUGGUCCUCCCGGCCUUCAGGUGAAGUCUUGCAGUCCUGAGUUUUAUCAAACGCACUACCAGCUGGCCUAUAGGUUGCAGUCUCGGCCUCGUGGCCUGGCACUGGUGCUGAGCAACGUGCACUUCACUGGAGAGAAAGACCUGGAAUUCCGCUCUGGAGGGGAUGUGGACCACAGCACUCUAGUCACCCUCUUCAAGCUCUUGGGCUACAAAGUUCAUGUUCUUCUUGACCAGACUGCACAGGUACCCGAGGCAGGACAUGCUGACAUGUGCAUUAGAGAAUGGGACAACACUUGGGGGCCAGAAAUGUCCACGCUCCUCUGCCUGCUGGGUUGUGCCUUACUAGAGUUAUGUUCUCUCCCUACCUUUUACUUGCUGUGAUCUGCCUCCCAUCUUGCAAUCUAGUUUAAAAAAAAAAAAGGGGGCCUCCCUGGUGGCGCAGUGGUUGAGAAUCCGCCUGCCGAUGCAGGGGACGUCCCACGUGCAGCGGAGCAGCUAAGCCCGUGCGCCACAGCUACUGAGCCUGUGCUCUAGAGCCCACGAGCCACAACUACUGAGCCCGCCUGCCGCAACUACUGAAGCCCGUGUGCCUAGAGCCCGUGCUCCGCAACAAGAGAAGCCACUGCAGUGAGAAGCCCGGAUACCGCAACGAAGAGCCGCCCCCGCUCGCCGCAACUAGAGGAAGCCCGCGCGCGGCAACAAAGACCCAACACGGCCAA